UCUAGUCAUCAACGCACGUCAACAUUUUUGAGCAUACGAAUUAUUCACAUGCUAGGAUUCAUUUAGUUAAAACCCUUGUAUAAGUAUUAUUUUACUUUUACAAAAAGUUUUAAAAUGAAUACUAAGUACAUCAUUUUAUUUUGUUUGACAAAUUAUUAUAUUCCAACAGUCAUUUCUUAUGAUAAUUUUGUUCUGGAAGUUAAGAACCGGUUUAACGAAAUAAAAGAAGAAAAUGAAGAUUACAUUACCUUCAAUUCACUGAACAAAACAUUUGAUAAGUAUGAGGUAGAUGAACUCCAGUACGUGAUGGAUACUUACGGAGACGACUUCAAUGGCGAGAACGGUUAUUAUCAAAGAAGAGUGUAUAUUGAUAAAUUUAACAAGUCUGUAAGAAAAGGACUCAUAAACCGAUUUCAGACAUCGGAUUUGAUAGAAGUAUUUUUUAUUAUCAUCAACUGUAAUGGAAUAGGCUUUAUUACCCAACGUGAUUUGGAGCGUCAUUUUCGAGAAAGAAUUACUACAUUUAAUAUCAAAUUUAUUAUGACAACCUACGGAACAGAGAGUCCUGAUGGACACCGAUUAAGUUUUCACGGAUUCAGAAGAGCAGUUAACACUUUACUUAUUCCAAUCAUGUGAGAAGAACGCUAAACUGAUAAAUAUAAUAAUUAAACUAUAUUUCAAAGAACUAUUUAGUCGUCUUAAUACUAUAGAAAUUAUAAUGUGCUUAGUGUGAUUACUUAGUCACUGUAAUAAAACUGAAUAACAAUA